AUUGGAUAAGGCCGGCUGACUCAUUCUUUUUUUUCUUUUUCUUCCUUCUUUCUUUUUCCCAGCCAUUUUCGCGUAUGCUCUGUUUUUCUUCUCCUCUGCAGCCGGUCAUCACCAACCAUAACCGAAGCCUCCAUCUGCAAAUUUGGUAAGAGAACUUGAUGAUUUUUGUUCCCCUCUUGCUCAAGAAUAAGUCUAGGACUUAGAACUUCUCUCUUUUACAGAGAAGCCGCCGGAUCUGCUCUGCUUCCUUUCCCCUUUGCCGCCGGCUGCUACUGGUUUUUCCUGGUAAAAUCAGUCCAGAAACUCCUCUUUUCAGCCUUGAUUUAAGUUGGGUCACUCAAAUCUUCUUGUUCUUCCAAUUCCUAGUGGUCCCGUGGAAGCCUCCCCGAUUUUUCCCGCCGGCUCUUCCCCAUACCGCCAGCUCCAGCUUUGCUUGUUGAGCAUUUCUGGUCCUUGAUUGCCCUGUGGUCUUAGCACUUGGAUUAGGCCUUCUGUUCUGCGUGACUAAGGUAGUGAGACCCGAUGCGUGGGAAGCCCGGGGGAGUGACGAGCUAGACGGCUAGACACUUUUGGACUUAGGUUUUUUGUAGCUAAGCCGUUAGUCACCCAUGCUUGACAUAGAAAAUUUUGUGUACAGAAUUUAGUGCUAGUCAUGACUGUAUAUAUGAAAUGAUAAAUCUUGUACAUCUGACUGGUAAAUAUUUGGUAAUUAAAAAGGCUUAGAUCUUAAUUACCUGAAUUGCUAAGUAUGAACUCAUUCCUUCACCUCCAACCUUCAACAUCUCCCUUCUGCAGAUCUGCGACGGCCACCAUCACCCCUGUUCCUUCACCUCCGACCUUCACCAUCCUCUUGCUAGCUAAUCGUCACGCUCAUCUCACCAAUCACCAAGAAGACGAUAUAGAUCUAGCCGGAAGCCCCUUGGGACUCUGACCUUGACAUCUUUUUGUGUCUCAUCAUCAUCACUGCCUCCACCUUCAUCACCGGUAAGGAGAGGGGUUCGGCAGCCACUAGAAAGGGAAGAUCUCUUUUCUUCAAAAAAAUCUGAAGUGGUUG